GUUAACCUGACCGGGCCCUUCAGCAAGAUGGCCACCAUUCACAACCAACAAAAUCUACUGACUUGGACUUACUGUGGAACACAUGUUUCCCUUUCCGGUCCUCCAGGAAUCCCCACUAACACGGCCAAGCCUCAGGGCUUCUCCGUACGCAUGGAGACUGCUGUGCCUCUGGUCACCCAAGCUCCCUCCAUCCAGCCCCUACAGAUCAGACCUGGGCUCAUCACACAGCAGACCUGGUCUAACCGCCCCCAGCAGAUCCUGGUGCCCGCCUGGCAGCAGGUGACUUCAAUGGCGCCCCACCAGCCACCAUGGCGUCUGACACUGUGGCAGGCCCACAGAGACUGGGAGAAUGGGGGAAGGUGCGUCCCCAUGGCAACCAAUACAGCUCUAUGAUGCCCCACCACCAUCAGCCGUUCUUAACCAACCAGAUGACCAUGUCUGCCCACCAGCCAAUCAGCAUAGGCAUCGCACACGUGGUGUGGCCACAGCCCUCUGCAAACAAGAGAAACAAGCCCUGCUUUAACAGAGGCAGCAAUUUCACCUACAACACCAACACCCAAAACUCAGCAUGCCAGUCCCCAAAGAUGGCCGACACCACGAGGAAUGUCCCAGAGGAUAGAUUCCCAGAGGCGGGGCGAGCUGCACAGCUGGAACCUGAACCGGAGCAGGUGGAGGAGCCUCGCUGCUGUAAGGCAGGUUCAGACUCUGAGGAGCAGUCUGUCUCUUAUAAGCAGCGGCAGGCCAUGGUGAUGUCUGAUCUGGCCAGCCCCACUGUUACUGUCAUUAGUAUCAGCAGUGAUGAGGAAGAGGAGGAGGAGGAAGAGAGAACACGGAGACACUCACUGGGGCAGUGUAAGGGCAGUGCUGAGUGUGAGGCGUGUCAGAGCACAGUGAGUAUGGAGAGUAUGUUCCCUCAGCAGUCCAGACAGCACCCUCAGCACCAGCUCCUCUGCCUCAGCCCAGUCCAGCACCUCACCCUGCAAACGCCCCAACAGGUAUGACCCAAUGACAACAGCCGCACACAUACAUGUUGGAACCUAACCUAAAUGUUGCACCUACACCUGUCAUACAGUGUGAUUGCUCUUGUCUGUUACAGUAUAGAAUGUAUACUCUCUAUGUGAUUGCUCUUGUCUGUUACAGUAUAGAAUG